UCCCCUGUUUUCUCUGGUCCUAAAGUUGCAGAGCUGCUUCCCUCUCUUUUUACAAAAGAAACAAAAAGAAAUUUCAGAGAAAGAAAAAGGGAAAAGAAAGCAACCCACAAGGAGGGAAUAGCAAUUCAAAAAUCCUUUUAACUCUCUUCUUCUUCUUCUUCAAAAUUCAAAUUUAUUAACCAAACCAGAGAUUCCAAUGGAGAAAUUCUCCAUCUCCGACCAAAAAUUUCAUCUGGGUUUCUGCCCUUCCUCCUCUUCCAUGGAUCUAAAUGACCCAUCCACCGUUUCUGAAACUUCCGGCCAAUCUCCGCCCAGCCUCGCCUACUCUUUCUCUUACUGCAGAACCAGCUCCGACGCCUCUGCCUUCUCCGACCCCACCACCGACGAUACCAGUUUCUGCACUGAGCCCUCUCCAGCGAUUCCCGCCAGAAAAUGUAAACUCACCGCCGGAGAUAAAGCCGACGAUCAAGACGCCAUGGAUUCCGAAACAGAGAUGAUGAAGGAGAGAUUUGCGAAGCUUUUGCUCGGAGAAGACAUGUCCGGAAGUGGGAAAGGGGUUUGCACGGCGGUUACAAUCUCAAACACCAUUACUAAUCUCUAUGCGACGGUGUUCGGACAGAAUCUGAAACUGGAGCCGUUGCCGGCGGAGAAGAAGGCGAUGUGGAAGAGAGAAAUGGCUUGUCUGUUAUCUGUUUGUGAUUACAUUCUUGAGUUCUUCACUGAAUCUCAAACCUUGGACGAUGGAACAACAAUGGAGGUUUUGAACAGGAGACAAAGGUCAGAUAUAUACCUAAACCUUCCGGCAUUGGAAAAGCUUGAUAUGAUGCUCUUGGACAUUUUGGACAGUUUUCACGAUACCGAGUUUUGGUAUGCUGAAAAAGGAAGCAUGUCGUCGAACUCGAACUCAAACCGUUCGAAAUCGGCUUCUUUUCGCCGACUUUCGUUGCAGAAAGAAGAAAAAUGGUGGUUGCCAGUUCCUUGCAUUCCUUCAUGUGGUCUAUCAGAGAAAGCACGGAAACAACUAAGAAAUAACCGUGAAUUUGCGAAUCAAAUCCACAAAGCUGCUAUGGCUAUUAACAGUACUAUUCUUGCUGAAAUGGAUAUUCCUGAGUCAUACAUCGACACUCUUCCAAAGAGUGGAAAGACGAGUAUAGGCGAUACGAUGUACCGUUAUAUGUAUAGUGCUGACAAAUUCUCGCCCAAUCAUUUGCUCGAUUGCUUGAACAUAGGAUCUGAACACGAUGCGCUCGAACUUGCAGACCGAAUCGAGGCUUCGAUGUAUACAUGGAGAAGGAAAGCAUGUCUAAGCCACUCAAAAUCAUCGUGGGAAUUGGUAAAAGAUCUAAUGGCUGAAGGUGAUAAAGGUGACAAGAACACUAUCUUAGCCGAAAGAGCUGAGAGCUUGCUUUUGUCCUUGAAACAACGGUUCCCCGAACUUUCUCAAACAACCUUAGACACUAGCAAGAUUCAAUACAACAGGGACGUGGGACAAGCAGUAUUGGAGAGUUACUCGAGAGUGUUGGAAGGGCUGGCAUUCAACGUUGUGGCAUGGAUUGAAGAUGUUCUUUUUGCUGAUAGGUCCCUCUGAACCCAAGAGUAGGGACCCUCCUCUCUUACCAAGAAAAGGAAAUGUUUAGUUGUUUGUUUAUAUUGUAUGGUCACAAUUUGUAUAAAAACUAUGUCUUUAGUUGGGACACAGGGUUCUCCCUAUUUGUAGAAUGUAUUUACCUUUUAGGUUAAAGUUGCA